AUGUGGAUGAUAAUAUUUUUUCUAAUUGGAGCAUACAUUCCCCUACACUACCUAAACUACAGCAUUCUUGAAGGAACCUCUCCAUUCCUCUCUUGCUUUGGAAUCGUAAUGUGCAUUGCUCUUUCAUCAAUAGGCACCGCAAAGGGAUAUCAAUCAAUAGGCAGAUACAUGAUAGGUGCAUCUAUAAAGACACCAAGAGUAGGAACACGAGCCCUCCUUGGAAUUGUUAUCUGCGAGGCAAACUUCUUUUUCUGCCUGGUCAUGUCGAAUCUUCUACUCAUACGAAUGAAUGAGGUCAAGUCGUAUGGAGGCCAGUUCAUACUAUUCACGUCUGGUUUCAUAGCUGGCGUGUGUUCAUAUUGCUCCUCACUCGCAAGCGGCAUUAUCUGUGCAAUAAUCACAAUGAUGGACUCGAAGGACCCAUCGCUGUUCUACAAGCUUGUUUUUCUGGAAAUCAUUCCAGCAGGGAUUGGCAUUCUAGGACUGGUUCUUGGACUUGUGCUAUCUGACAAGGCUGUAUAG